UGUACAUCGACGUCAACGAGGACGACCAGCCCUUGACGUUGGACAUCAGGCUGCCGAAUAGCUUGCAGCCGCGUAUGUGGGAGAUCCGGAUCAUUCAGCUGGCUUUCGAGCAGCGUGCACCGUCUGGCUGUCUGCAGUAUUUUCAGGGGGCAAACGGCACCCUGAAAACGCUCAACUAUUUGUCGAACGGUAGAUUCCUCGCCGACCAGGAUUAUCUGCUUUGCAUCCGCCAAGAGAGGGGAAUGUGCGGAAUUUCCUACGCACCUUGCACCAGGGACUCAUUUCGAAUAGGUCCUUCGAGAAUGCUGAUCGGCGACGCGAACGGCACCAACGCGAACGCGUCGUCUCUCGUCGUCGCCGAAUCAUCGGUCGGUAACGCGACGGGAAACGCGACCGGAUUCGCGUUCGGGCAAAAUCCUGCGAACAACGCGGCUUCCGUGAAUAAUACUGACGCGGAUAUCGAAGGAUCAGGAACGAAUCCCAUCGACCAGGACACCGGUACCUCGAUGAACGUAUCGAAUCUCAUGGAGGCAGGCAUGGAUUCGAAUGUAUCGCCUUACGGACGAGAACGGUGCAGAAACAGGGUGCUCAUCCCUUGCGACUUUGAGGAAUUUAUUACGGUAAUAUUUCUGUUUAUUCGCAGCAGCGGUAGUAAAUAUCGGGCGUGGAAGUCGAAAUUUUGCUUUAUUUUCUACGGGAUCAUGCGAGGUUGUAUUCUUUGAAGUUCUGACAUUUCUCGAGAUGUACAGAGUUUGUUGUCCCGUGUUAACCGUCGCGAGCUGUUUCCUCGUUUUCGUCGGUAUCGUUGUGUAACGUUGACUUGAAGUUAUUGUUCGCGAAGUACAGUAUGCAUUGCGUCUUAUGACUAAACUUCGGACGUUUAUGCGAAUGCAUAUGUUUGUAGGGAAGGGAUAAAUUUAUAGGACUCGGGCAGAUAUUUGUUUUAGCACUAGAGGUUUCCAGAAAAUAUAACUUCUUUUUACUUA